GAGACCUGAGCAGCUGCUUGAUUGGUACAGUACACCUAGCUAGCUCGCUGUCGCCUUCAUUUGGUUGAACACAUUUUACCUGCUGCUCGCUGUGCUGUGAAUAUUAAUUGUGUUGCAUGAUCUGGUGCUCUCAAUUGCACUUCACCAUGUAGAAAGGAUUCUUCACUAGAAGCCACAGCAGUUCCAAGACACGAUCAAUAGGACCCAAGCCUGUCAUGUGACUAAGUACUCUCCAUCCUCUCUCUGAAUGGUCUUUCCCAGUGAGCGGUGGUGACAGAGGAGCAUGAUGACGGGCCUCCCAGCCCAGACUGACACACAGGAGGAGCUGGCGCGAGGACCACAGCAACCCCAGAGUUCCCAGCAGGAUGGGCGGGGCAGGUGGUGGGACCAGCUCAGAAGGACCUUGCUGACAGUGGGCUACAGCGUCAGCUUCUGUCUGGUCUCACAAAUACUGGGUGUGUGGAUGUUAUACAUGUGCAAUGGCCACGGAGCCUUCUCUGCAGCACACAAAGUCUUGGAUCUUCUGCAGUACCUGGUCUCACCAGCAGAGGCACAUUCUUUAGGGCAGGAGGAGAACUCCCCACACUUACUGAAGGAACUGUGGAAAAUGGAGAGCUUGGGCCCUCUGCUGGCCACAGUUUUUCUAGGAGUAGUGAUCAUCGGCAUUGGGAUUCUAUACUGCUUAAAAACGCUGGCUCCCAGCCCUGCUCAUCCCUAUCCUGAAGACAGGCGUCAGUCUAUGAGCCGUCAGCCCUCCUUCACCUACUCGGAGUGGACUGACGCCAAGCAGGAUCACUUCUUCGACAUGGACCCAGUGCCAGAGACGCCUGUGUUUGACUACUGCAUGGACAUGAAGCCUGAGACCGACCCAGCCACACUGACUGUCCAACCAGUGGGGCUCCAAGAAAGGAGGGGUUCAAACGUGUCCCUCACUCUGGAUAUGUGCACCCCAGGCUCCACUGAGCCCUACGGCUCCGUGCUGUCUCCCCGAGAGCAGUGUGCCCGGGAAUACCUCCAGAAAGCCUCCAACGUGCUGAGCACCAGGGAGCUUCACGAGAGAGCCAUGGACUCCUUCACACUGCAGGCCGAGUUCUUUGAAACCCCAAUGAACUUUGUUGAUCCAAAAGAAUACAACUUCCCAGGUAUAGUGAGGAAGAACCGAUACAAAACCAUUCUCCCAAAUACUCAUAGCAGAGUGUGCCUUAAAUCUACGGAUGAAGACGAUUUCCUCAGUACAUAUAUCAAUGCUAAUUAUAUAAGGGGCUAUGGAGAAGAGGAGAAGGUGUAUAUCGCCACUCAGGGACCCACGGUUAACACUGUCAGCGACUUCUGGAGAAUGGUGUGGCAGGAGCGAUCGCCCAUCAUCGUCAUAAUAACAAAUAUCGACGAAAUAAACGAGAAAUGCACGGUGUACUGGCCUGAAGAGAAGGUGACCUACGAAGGGAUAGAGAUCAUUGUAAACCAGGUCAUACAAGCAGAUGACUACAGUCUAAGACAUAUUACUCUUAAGUGUGAGGGAGAGGAGAGGAGCCUACGACACUACUGGUACACGUCCUGGCCAGACCAGAAGACCCCAGACAAGGCCCCUCCUUUGCUGGAGUUAGUGCAGGAUGUGGAGGAGGCACGGCAACAGGCACCAGAGGAUAGCGGCCCAGUCAUUGUCCACUGCAGUGCAGGGAUUGGAAGAACAGGCUGCUUCAUUGCCACCACUAUUGGCUGUAAACAGUUAAAGAACGAGGGGGUCGUGGACAUUCUUAGGACCACCUGCCAGCUGCGUUUGAACAGAGGAGGGAUGAUCCAGACCUCUGAACAAUACCAGUUUGUCCAUCACGUCCUGAGCCUCUAUGAGAAGCAGCUCUCUCUCCCGGUAGAAGAAUAAAUAACACUCUCACAGCUUACAGCUCCAAAAAUAGGACUCAGCUACAGCCAUCACCUGCCUGCCAACCUUUGGUAACCACGGUAACCCAGAGAGGGGGUGGGCCCGGAAUCAAGCCCACUCUCGCACUAACGUCUGCUUCACAGUGCGUUCAUUUAUAUGUGUUCAUGGUAUAUGAAGCCAUUAUUGCCCCUUUUGUAUUGGAAGCCCUGCCCAUAAGGUAUAAAGGGCUGUAUGGUUAUCAGAACUUCAGCUUGAGAUAGACAAGUCUUGGAUUCGAGCGACAACAUAUGAUCUCUGAUAAUCACCGAACAGUAGUUCCAUUUUCUACAACAUGAUUUGUUCAAAUACAGAAACUAAGGAAUUUGUUCUCAUUAGUUACACGCUGUAGCUUUUCCUGUUUCUUUUAUGAGAACUUUAUCCAAGCUCAGUCCUACUCAAACAACUGAUGAAAUGACUUGGCUCAUUUCUAGUUACAUCUGUGUGUGUUUUAAUAUUUACUGGGAUAGGACUCACAGCUGCUAUGCUGAAGAUGAACAACCACUUUCCACAUGUCUCCAGUUACCUUACAAUGAGAUUGAAUAUAUUUUACAAUGUUCAGAAUACUAAGGGGAUUUGGAAAUGUCUUCUAUCUACAAUGGUGUUUAUAUCCUUUAAAAAAAUGCCACUUGAAGAGGCACCAUCACAGUGUCUAGCAUGGCCUCCUAGAACAAAUGCUUGGUUGAACAUCCACAAGUUGGAAAGCACAGGCUCCUAAAGGCCCCUCUGAUCAUCAGGGGAUCCCGUAGCUCCUCCAGAAAUCAGUGUAAAGGAGUUCAACCCUUUAUGAAAGGAAUGCCUGAAGACCUUUAAUGGAACUAAACCUCUUUGAAGAGCAACAACAAGGGGGUUUGUGAACUGUAUCAGAGUUAAGAAAGGCCAUUUCACUGUAAACUUCAAUAUGGCUGGAGUCCCAGGGCCUGUGGUAGUUCAUCACAUGACUGACGUGGUUUGUAGAAUGUCUCUUAAGAGUAUUUAAUGUCUGACUUACAACUCAAUGAGUUGUAACUCUGAAGUCGCUAAGCCUAUAGAUGACGGAUCUCAAGGAAUAGGUUAAUCUAGCACAUGUAUUUUUACACAAUGGCCUUACUCUGUCUGUCAGUCUGUCUAUUCCUCCACCGUUAGGCAGCAUAGAGGUUGAGCAGGUAUUCUUUUCUCUGGACAGGUACAUUCCCUUUUGCUCUUAAACAGAAGUUAUGGGGCUUGCAUUAAAUCAGAUGAAUUGCUCUGCUGUAGAGGAGAUAUAUGGAGACGUAUGGGUCUAUUGAAUUUAUCAAAACAGUGUAGACACUGAUUCUUACCCCUUGGAGCGCUAUAGCUACUUGUGCAAGCUGCAGUUUCGUACAGUGGUCAGUUGCUGGUUCACCCUGUUACGCUGCACUAUUUAUAUCCACUGCUGAUUAAGAUAAAUUGAUUCGACUCUGUGUUCUUCAAUAGGACUAUAGCAGCUAAUUUCCAGGUUUCUGUUUUUUUCAAAAUCAGAUCUGGAUCAUGUUGUCAUGAACCAGAUUUUCAACAAGCACACAGGCCUCAAUAGAUGAAAAGUCUUAAUAGCAGCUGAAUAUCUAUCCAGUCUCAAACCAGCAAUACCACUACAUGUUACCUACAUUCCAGGUAUUUGUGCUAUUUUGGCAAUGGAAGCUAUUUGUUUGAUUUUUUUUGUUGAUGUCAGAGCAGGAUAAACAAUGGGAAUGUAUCAUAGUUCACGAUUCACAAUUUUGUGAAACAUAGAGACACAUUUGGCUGGUUCAUUGGGGAAACACGUUCAUUAUAAUAUCAUUUGUGUCAAAUAUAUUAUUCUUGCAAUCCUUUAAGAAAGAGUUUUGUAAAAAGGUUAGAUUACUUGUUUUUUAUGUUUUACAAGUAAUGUAUGUAAUAUGUACAAAAAACUAACUGGUCACCGACAGUCGGAACAGUUCAUUGGCAUAAAUGAACGGGACUGGAUAAUUUAAAGUCCUUGUCAAAUAAGAUCCAGGUCUGUUCCAUCUCACAAAUUGACACUUACCAGUUUUAAAGGUGGCUUGUCUGACUCCAGAUAACUCGUUUUUAGAUAUUCUUACUUGCUAUUUAUAGAAUAGAAUACUAGCUAUAUCCACAUGCAUAUCCAGGAUGAGGAGCUAGGUGGUGUAAUGGGGUUAUGCACUAGAAUUGCAUGCCUUCACCUCUGGAGCUGUGGGUUCUUAUCACAGUGAAAUUAGUUUGCUAGUCUGAACUUUGACCCCAGUGGACACCACCACACAAUUGGUUGUCUCGGGGUGUCAAGGUCAGGUCAAGGUCUUCAUUGCUAAAAAACGGUAUGAUGCUAAAUUGAACUUCUCAAGUAGCAAAAUAAACAUAUAAAGUUAUCUAAUGUGUUUAGUUGAUGGCGUCUCCAAGUUUAGUUUAAAUGUUUGGGGAAAUAGUUUUAAAUUGAAAGUCUUCAUUUUUAUCUAAAUUAUUUGCAGAAUGCUGAAAAUCCACUAUAAUUAUUUAUUUAACAUGAAUUGAAUGUAUUGUAUUUAAUUACAUUAUUUAGUGUACAAAGCAAGACUAGAUUUGAAUCCUAGUUUUUAAAUAUUUAAAUAUUUCUAUACAGUACUUUUAUUUAUUUAAUAUUUAUACAUUUUCUCUUUAGAUGGCUAAAGAUUUGAAUUUUGGGGAAAAUAAAUUAGUUAUGUUCAACUGAAUAUAAAUAACAAUUAUAUUUUACUCACAGCUGCUUAGCACCAAUGGUUUUUAAAGGAAAAUUAUCAUUUUUACUCCAUGGUCUUUGUAACUCUUCUGUUUUACAUCUCUUUUACUUGUGUACUGAUAUUUAUUUUAUUUGUCACAAUUAAUUUCCGGGUGCAAAAGUAGACUUUAUAUACAGUAUAGUAGGACAGGAAAUAACAAUUUGCAGUUGUCUGUGGGGAGUAGGAAAUACUUGAUGGUACCAAGAAAUUGAAAUAUUCAGCUUUUCUGUUAAUAAUAAAGUAAUUUAAUAUGUAAUAGAACACAAGCUAUGGGCAGAGGAAUCAUAGAAGAUUUUAAUGUCGUCUAUGUCUACAUAUGUUCUUAAGUUUCAAGAAUCACCAUGGUAACUUAAUAGAGAAAGCUGAUAUCAAUUUCCAUAUAAGGAUGAUGGUGGGCUCUCUUAAGCCAUCUGUAAAAUGCUUUGCUGUAGGACACUGAAAAAAGGGUUUGAUUUCUCAUUGAAAUUGUACAAAUCCUUGUUUUAAGCAAUGAGCAUUGUGGUGCCUUCAGUGUUUUGUGAUGGACUGCCAUUAUGGGUUCUGACCCAUGUCUGUGAGAUGAGAUGAGGUUAAAAGCUCUAAGACCAUGAAUACAGAAGGGCUUUUGCAUAGUGGUUAAGAUGCUCACUUGCGGUGUGUGGGGUCGCUGGUUAGCGCCCACCCUCCGCCCAUUUACACUCGCGAGCAUACAGUUUUAUCUUAUUAAGAGUCUGUACAUGAUGAAUGCUUUCUCAAUGGUCUGUAACAAAAACAGCCUGAAGAAAUAUAUAUUGAAACUGGUACCUGUGCUUGCUGAUUUCUAAUGUAUGUUUUUAUACAUUUAAAAGGGUUAUAGUUACAGUUUAAAGGACUCUCUUAAGAAGAUCAUUGGAAAAUAAUACUCAGAUGUGCCACUGCAGUUACCCUGGCACAUUAGGAGAAACAGUAAAAUGGCUGUUGUCAAAAGCACUGUAAGGAUCAUAUUUGUAAUGGCUGAUAACAGCAGGUGCUCUCCGAGUACAGGUGGCUGUUAAUGCAGAUUUUACUGUAGAAAUGUAAAACAUUUUAAUUGGAUUGAUUUACAGGAACACUAAAGGUUUUUUGUCAUUUUCUAAUUAUGUAUUUAGCUCAUCAUUUAUUUAGGUUGUGAAGUUCAGGUGGUGAUUUCAAGGGAUUUGCUUCACUUGUGCAGAGUCCGCUGUUAUUGAAAUCUCAGUUUACAGUUAGAUACCAGUGUGGAGCCGGUUUUCUGGGUUUCUUAUACCCCUUUCACACAGACCAUUUAGUGCCGUCUCUGAACCACCUCUCGAACCAUCUCAACUCCUGUGUGAAAGGCUAUGCCGGCACUGAAGCGCUAUAGUGGGGGGCGUGGAUUGAAAGUCAACAUCCCCCGUGACUGUAUACCGGUCGCUUCAUUUUUUUCAAAUACAAUGGCUGAUCAAGAACAAGGUAGUAAUUGGAGGCCGGAAUAAGUUAAGGAAUUGUUAACUUUAUGGGCUGACGAGGAGGUGAAAUCACAAAUAGAAGGGACGGUGUGUGAUGCUGUAAUUUAUGGGCGAAUCACCGUUGCCAUGUAAACGAUCUGUUGACUGACAGGUUUGAAAGUUGUACUCACAUGAUCCCUUUGGCUGUGUGAAAGGGUUAUAACGCUAUUAUACCAGCAUAGAUUGUGCAAUUUCGUGCUGUAUGAAUGGGUAUUUUAAAUAUUUUUUUUAAUGUCUCUGAGAUGGCUCAGUAGCGGCAUUUGUGUGCGAAAGUGGUAUUAGUAGAGAAAAUCAAAUAGCAGGACAAGUGAAAUGGGUUCUAUGGGGUGCUCUUUGGUAGUUUUUCCCAAAGGGAGUAAGAACUUACUUUUCACACCUAUUCUGCAUAAACGUUUCCAGGCUGGCAGAACACGAUCUCUCCAACUGGCGCUGAUGGUGGAAUAUACCUAACGAGUGUCCAAUAAGAAGGACACAAGAGACUUUAAAUCUUGCACUACAUAAAGAAAAUGCAGACUGAACAUGAGGGCUGUGAAUAUAUUAUGCUGUCAGAGAAAAUAGGUGAAUUCAUUUAUAGAUAUCAAUUAAACACAAACAUGAUACAUACAGGCGAUUUUUGCAGAGUGAAUUGCAGAUUGCAGAUGGCUGUUUUUUGAGAAUAUUAAGAAGUAACUGCAGUGUGCUCCCUUAGCAUAGAGACACCCCUACAAGAUGAUUGCCUACAUCAUGUAGGGUAGAGAGGACAUUAAUACACAGCAUCAGCCUUGCCAGAGGUCGUUAAGAUGAGGCUUAAUAUUAUAGAACCUUGUGACCAGUUAUGAAGCAGCAACUAUUUCUAGACAUUUUUUCAGAGGCAUGGUGUACACUGUAGAUUCAAAGACUUUAAUACCCGUUUCGGUUUGUGAUACCAGGUCCAAACCUGACCGAUUUUCUAAACCAGCGAGAUCCAGCUUGACAGUUUUACUGACCAGAAACCAAACAAAAAAAGGAGAUUAUUUUUGUACCUUGGCGACAGUUUAAAACAAACCUGUUUAUUGAAAAUGUAACCAUUUCUGUUUAUUGAAAAUGUAACCAUUUCUGUUUAUUGAAAAUGUAACCAUUUCUGUUGGAAUGUUUCUUUUUUUCAUUCUCUUACCCCUUUCAAUUGCUGUGAUUUGAAAUGUUCUGUUUCUAGUAUUAUAUUGUGAAGUCUCAGCCAUAUUAAAUUAACCAACCUAUAAGUGUUCCAUUAGCAUUCCCAAUAAUAAACUGGAUUGCGUUACAUUGCAUUGGUGUGGGGUGACUUACUGCAUUACAGGGAUAGCACAGGAAGUUCUGAGGGUCAAAAUGUUGUGAGAUAUAUGGGACUGUAAUAAGACCAUUAUUUACAGAACUAAAUUUACAAAAGCUUCUGUCAUGUUUAUUUUAUCAUUCGUCAUUCAUCUUCUCACAUAGCUUGUAUGUUUUUAUUGCAGUUUUCCUGGCUUCCUGUUUGUGAAACACCCUUUUCCUUUUUUCUUUCUUUUUUUUACAAGUGGUUUGAUUUAAAGCACAAAUGGGGAUAGGGAUUAGAUUUUUCAGUGGAGGAAUUCAAUCUGGAUGGUGCACAUGUAUACAGGUGCAUUCAUUGAUCACAUUUUUACUUAUAUUAAUGAUAUACAGUUAAUUCUCAUUAAAACACACUCAGAUUAAACAAACUUCCUGAUAAUACAAUUUUUCUACAUGGUCCCAGAGCAAAUUCAUCAGUCGCAUAUUGUAAAUUACUUCUUAUAAUACUAAUUCACUUAACACAAAUUUCCAGUUUGUGUGAAUUAUUUUGGAGCCCAAAUUUGAACAGCUGAGUGCAAAGGAUAUUGGGAAAUGUAUUCACUUGCAUCCAGAUUAGCACCUCUGUAUUUUAGUGCUGUUUUGGGACUACCGAUCCUAUGAUGCAUUUUGAGUUGCCAUAGUGCUGACACAUCAAUUUCAUUUCCAUGAAGCAGCGCAAAAACGUGCAUUAUCCUUGCAGCCAAAGGUAGAGGUGUUAAAAAGGAUACCAUCAUACAAGCCGAUGAACAGCAAACUGUGGAUGCAAGUCAUCAGUGUUUCCAAUACCCUCAUGUUAAAGAGUAAGUAGUGGGGGUUACAUGUCCCCACGUGUUGCUACAACUGUUUAAAUAAUGCAGGAUGUUAUUGUUAACAUCCUAACAACUUUUUACACUUAUCAUUUUAAAGUCUUUUUCAAAAUGGACAGUGUUGAAGGUGAUUUGGGCCAGUGUAGAUUUGCUGUUGCUUUGCACCAUUCAUUGCACAAGUCUGCAGGCUCAAUCCCCCAUGAACCAAUAGCAGUUUGUGGCGGUUUUCUGCAAAUGUCCCCAUUACCAAAAUCCCCAUGAGACCGUCUUAAUGGACACGUUAGUCAAUGCAGCCAUGGGCACCUAGUAUCUUGCCCCUUAUAAAGUCAAUGAGAUCUUUAUGAUUUGAUUGUUGCUGAAUAGUUGCACUCACUUCUCACACAUCCAAUGUAGAUAAAGUAGAGCUGCAUGUUAAUUAUGCUGCUGCAGGAGCUUCGCUCUGCCCCAUGUGACAAUAUGAUUUUUUCCUAAAUGGCUCACAUCUAGAGAAAGUAAACCUUACCUAUAGAUCAAACAGUCUAAAGGCAGCUGUACCAUCCGUGAAUCCACGUCAUAAUCAUCUGUUUCUACAAGUUCCAGUAGAAGUUUGGACAGUUUUUUAACACAGAAAUGUACGUUUGUAAUUACUGCAUGUGGAAACACAAGUGCUAAUUUAAUAUGGCUAUGUUAAUAAAUGUGUUUAAUUUAUCCCACAGAAAAAAAUAACAAAAUGUAUCAUGCUUUUUCAAAUCAAUUCUAUAAAAGCAUUUACAAUAAUAAGCAUUUUUAUGAUUAAAUGCAAACUGUUAAUGUAAGGACGCUUUUAAUGUAAUUUUAUAUGUAUGUAAAAGGAUGUGUUUUGCAUCUUAAUAAAAGCAGACU